UUUGAAAGAAGUCACCUGAUUUUGGGUAACAGGAUGGAAAUUAUGUCAUUAAUAUGGAGUGAAAAGUUAAGUUUCCUCACAGGGUUCUCAACAAUCAGACUGGUGUCGCCACCUGCUGGAUAUUUUCAUGAAGGUUCUGAGCAGGUGGGCUUAUUUGACCCAAACAGCGAUUUAAUGGAGAAUGAAUUCAUCAACAUUGCACACCUCGUAUCACGGCAAUCUAAUACUGUAAACAUUAACAACGAGGAGCUCAGUUACAAAGCACGGAUGAUGUCAUAAAACUACAACUCCCAGCAGGCCACUGCUCUGACGCAUGCGCAGAAAAGCGCCCGGGCAAACUCAUGCGGAUGUGUUGCUCCGUGAAAUGGCGGCGUGAGAGAGGCUCCUUUAAAUCACCGGAGAGCCGCCGUUGAUGUUUGUUCUGUGCGAAAGCUCCCCAGCAGCGUUCUUCCAUUCAGAGACACAAACGCCGUUGGCUUUCUGCUUCCACAUAAAGCAGCCUCGGUUCUCUUGGUUCCGUGAGCUGCAGCUCGGAUCCAAAGGUGACCAGGGAGCAGGUGGGAUGGCCAAGCGGAUCGCUGACAAGGAGCUGACAGACAGGAACUGGGAUCAGGAGGAGGAAGGCGAGGAGGCCGGAACCUUCUCUCUGGCCAGCGAGGAUGUGCUGAAGAACCGUGCCAUCAAAAAGGCCAAGCGGCGAAACAUUGGUGCUGAGGGUGACGGGGUCGGAGCCUUCAAAGGCUUUAAAGGGUUCUCGAUGAGUGGCGGCGCCACGCCACACCCAUUUUCUGCUUUUGGCAACUGCAGCGGAUUUAAGGGCCUCGGGGGUCUGACCAACGGAAAUAGCAUCACGCCAUCUUUUGGCGGUUCAUCAUUAUCACCACCUGCUGUGACCACGCCCUCCAUGACGGCUGGGCUUGCAUUCAAUGGCUCCGUCUCUGCCUCGCCCUCCUCUGAUGUCACAGGAAAGUCAUCAAAUGGCCCCGCCUCCAGCAGCAGCAGCAGCAGCAGCAGCAAGGAGUACAGCCGGCAGCUGACGGCACUCAACUGCUCCGUGCGCGACUGGAUCACUAAGCACGUGAACGACAACCCUCUGUGCGACCUCAACCCCAUUUUCCGCGAUUACGAGCGCCACCUGGCCAGCAUCGAGCAGCAGUACGGCACCGCCGCCUCGGAAGAGAAGAAAGAUGGCGGGAUGCCGCUGACUGGUGUCGCCUCUUCCUCAGCCAGCGGCAGCUUGACCGUCUUUCCUUUCUGCAAGGACAAGACGGAAGAUAAAGGCGCUCCGGUUCCGCCUGGCGUCACAUUUAACUUUGGUCAGAAGGUGGAUGGCUCGGUUCUGAGCUCCUUAGGGUCCAAAACCACGCCCCCCAACUUCUCCUUCUCUGGACAGAGCUCCUUGUUUGGAAGCGCAUCCUUCAGUGGGACCAAGAGUGAGGAUGCCAAGCCAGCAGACGACAACACAGGCGACGAGUCCUAUGAGCCGCCCAAACCCGAAGUCAGGGAGGUCAAAGAGGACAAUGCCUUCUACUCCAAGAAGUGUAAAGUGUUUUACAAGAAGGAGGCGGAGUUUAAGGAGAAGGGUGUGGGCACGCUGCACCUCAAACACACGACGGAGGGAAAAACUCAGAUGAUUGUUCGAGCUGACACUAACCUUGGAAACAUCCUACUCAACAUCUUGCUGCACACCACCAUGCCGUGCUCGCGGGUGGGCAAGAACAACGUGAUGGUGGUGUGCGUGCCCAACCCUCCCGUCGAUGACGACGACCCCGGCAGCCCGGUGCCGCUCCUCAUCCGCGUCAAGACUGCAGAGGACGCUGACGAGCUCCACAAGACCCUCGAGGAGCAGAAGGGCUGAAGCAGAGCGCGGCCUGUCGCCAUCCACCUGAUCGCUACACACACACACAGAGAGAGAGGGUUCUAGAAGGUGGUUUUACUGUGAAGCGCUGGGCGACAUUCCCUCGGUUUUUCUCCAUGCAGCGUUUUCACGUUUACUUUUUUGUAAUUUUGGCGUUAGGAACCAUUUGUUGUGCAAAUGUUUCCCGUGCCAGGAGGGACAUUUUUACCCCGUCGUGGAACUUUGUUUUGGAAGUGUCCUUGCACCACUCCCGCAUCCCAUGGAAUAAAAUGAAACCAGAAGUUUUCUGCUCUUGGACUUUACUUUCAGUGUUUGUGGGUAAGAAGAAUAAAUUGUGAUGCUCGUGUAGCAAAA